UCUUUUCAUUACACGACGAAAAUUCUUUUCACCGGAAGAACUUCGGCCACAUAAUCUCGUAGCGUAAAUCCUGCCGCUAUUACAUCGAACUUCCGUGACUGUCGCGUAUAUAUUUUAUACAGAUAGUCGCAAUAUCUUAACGGUAUUAUUUUUUAUUUAUAUUAGACAAAGAAACUUUCGCGAGAUUUCGUUUGAGACGCGUUCAAGUUGUUAAUUGCGCUAACAAUAUUGUGCUCGGAAGCGUCAAAAUCGCACAAACAGACAGGUACGGGCCGUGACCACCCUCGAGGUUGCGCGUGUUUCGUAACGCGACCGGAAAUUGUAAUACGCGCGGAUACUAUUCCGUAGGUGACGGAGACGUCGCGAAAUCUCGUCGUCAGAAGUCAGUGAAUAUCUUAACAGGUCAUUGUUCGCGGUCCGGUCAUUAUUUCAGCUUCGGGAUUUCGAACGGACGAAGAAAAGAAAAAACAACGCGGCUGCAGCCGCUGCAGAAGAAGAUGAGGGCGAUCUUCUUCGAACGACAGCGAUGAUGAUGAUGACGGAGAAGUGUCACGCACCGCGUGUUAACGUCCCAUGAAGACCUAAACAAUGAAAGCGAAACCGCGGCUUCAAUUAUGACCACGACUUGUCGGUGUGUUCAGACGACCAGAGCAACUAUAUAUGCCAGAAGACGAGCUUCGCGCAGUCCAGUCCGUGACACUGAAUCGCCAUAUCUCGUUCUAUAAAAUUGACCUCAAACUUCACAUUUUUUUUCAUAUCGCCUUGAAUUUUUACCUUCGUCGCUCCGUUGAGAAUAGUUUUCAUUUAAAUCUGUAAAUUGCUGCGUUAUUUUUAUUUAAAAACAAAUAUGACACGUUUUAUUUCGCGGAGUUUAACCGUGGCGCUGAGCUGUUUCGCCAUUCUGGUCAACUGCAGUCCGAAGUUCGAAGAAGGGUUCAUGCCCAGUUCCACUAGUUAUAUGGAAAAGUAUGCGAAAGCGCAGGAUCAAAUAGCCAUGCCGUCGACUCAGAUUAAACAGCACGACGUAACGUCGAAAUCCGAGACGAAUGACAUAACAGAUCGCAACCAAGAAGCACGAUUCGGUGGUUUCACUAAUAUCGGUAGUACAGGGAGCGGUUACGGCGUAUCGCCUUACGCACCGGCAAAAAUCGACCUCGGCGGACUUCUUUUGGGAGCCAUCAUAGGCGUGGGAUCGAUUCUCAUCAUACCAAAACUGCUCUAUAUUCUGUCAGGGACUUAUGGCACAUAUACGAGAAGCGAUGACAAUGGGGGUUUUACGCAAACUCUGACAAGAAUCGAUGAUAUCUUGGCUCGUCACGGCAUCGACACGACCUCGUGCAUGCAGCGCGCGGUGUGCACGUAUUCGCAGCAAGCAGCGGCCGCGGUCAGCGGCGAGAAUGAGAACGAGAACGAAAAGGACGAAAAGGUGUCGUCCUUUGACCAAAUGGUGAACACCAUCACCACUAAUCAAGUGUUCCGUACCGCGUUGCAGGGUACGGCGAUCGAAGAGGCGGUGGAAACCGGCAGAGCCGGCAGAAACUGCUCCAGAUCGUAUCCGCAUUGCGGAUUGUCGAUGGAAACAAUGCUGUCGCUGCUGGCCAACGUCAUCGCAGCGGCAAACGCGCGCGCUGCGACGCCCACCGGUGCCUCAUCACUGUAA